UAAACAGGUUGGAAAUGCUAUUAUGAUCACCAGUACAAUUACAGUAGUUCUCUUCACUAAUGUGGUGUGUGGAUUACUGACAAAGCCUCUUAUGAGGUUCUUGUUACCGCAACUUAAACAAUCGAGUAACAUAAUGUCCUCGGAAUUAUCAUCUGAGAUGUCUCUAGUUCUACCUGUCCUCACUAAUAGGGAAGAUCCAAAACAGGACAGCAUGUCUGAGAGUGAUCGCCAUCCACCUAAUCUGUGUAUGCUCUUGACAAGACCAACUCGAUCGUUACAUUAUUAUUUGCGAAUGUUUGAUGAUUCCUUCAUGCGUCCUGUAUUUGGGGGUAGAGGAUUUGUUCCACAUAUUUCUUCACCAAACCAAAGUUCUCUUGAUGAACGGUUACUUCCAGAACAGCAUACGAUAGUAGAGUAAUAUAUAACUCAGCAGCUGCAAUUCACACUCCCGGUUUGUCAUCCUACAACACUAUUUUAAUCAAAAAGGAUUGCAGGAUAACAAACCGAAAGUGGGAAUAGCAUACCCUUGUUCUUGAGCAAUAGUAUUAUUGGUCAGGCUUUUUGUUUGCCUUACACUGUAGAUGUAUACUUUUUGGCCAAAGUUUUCUGUAAAUGGUUGGAAACUAUAACUUUUAGGCAGUCCCUUCUCAUCGGUCUGAACAACCGACAAUGUGCUCCGUUUUCCUUACCAGUAUUGUACAUAUGCAAACAUUAUGCAGAGUCAAGAAAGAAAAGAAUAAACUAUAUUGUAAAUAGCAAUCAAAUU